AUGUACCUACGCAUUAUUUGAUUACAGUAGUUCUCUAAUUGUUCAAAACCUUUCAGUCAUAGAGAACGACUGGUAUUAGCUAUGUUCGGUUUUCAUACUCUUGUGCUGCUGCUUCAUUCGUCGUUUCUUAUAAAUGGUGAUCCUUCAGCCAGCUUCGAUUUCAACUAUCCUAAUAUAAAAGAUGACAUUUACGAACAACCCGUGAACUUAAUGACACCAAAGAAGAAUCCACAUGCGAAGGGUGAUGUGGAAGAUACACCAUCAUCUACAGAAGAUCCAUGGUCUCCAUUCGACUUCUCAAAGUUUGACGCAUUCUUAACUGGAGUGCGUGAGGACCCCGAAAGCAACAGAGUCAAACGUAAAGCCAAGCGUCGACGAGGCAAAGGUAGAAAACGCGGCAAAUUGCGGUCCACUACAGUCUCUUCGGUAAACCAAGAGUUAAAGAACUUGUCAGCAACGAGUGUGCCGAUAGCAAGACGAGCGAACCUGGCGGACACGCAGCAGGUCAAGGGCCACAAGCGCAAGAGGCCCGGCAACGGUCGCGACAGGCCUAACUAUGACUCCUAUGAUCCGCCGAGCAAGGGCUACGAGUCAUCGUUCGUGGAGAUGCCCAAGGACUUGUACCAGGCGCACCUGAGGCCAGGGGUUAUCUUCCGCAUACACAUGUCCGAAGCCAUCCUCAAGAUGCAGUACCGGAACUACGCCGAGGAUAAGGACGAGUCGGUGAUAGAAGCCGACGUGGAGUACCUUCGCCUCACGCGCAAGGUCAUCAACGACGAGAUCACCAAGUUCGAGGACCUCAAGUGGCUGGUGAGCUGGUUCAACAACCGCUCCGAGCUGGUGCAGGAGCACAUGUGCAACACGAGAUAUUAUGCCGUUGGUAUACCACCAACGAUGUUCACGCACAGUGAGGAGUACAUGAAGCGGAUGUGCUUGUUCGACAACGUGUACAUCGACCAUAUCCCCUACGUGGUGGGGGAGGACGGCUCGCUGCUGGCCGCCGUGGCGCCGCCCGUGCUGCACUGCGACGCCGCCACCUGCACCUCCGUGCCCUUCAUCGACAGUAUAAUGUUCGACGAGCGCCUGCAGCGCACCAACGUGCGCACGGUGACUAGGUGUCAGGCGAGCUGUCGUGCGCACUGCCGCAAUGAUCCAGACUGUCUCAAGCGCUGCUCGGACAGGUGUCUGCGCGCUGACUAGACAGGGAAGAGGGAAUUAUUGUUUCUCUCUCACGUUAAUAAGAAAAUACGUCAAAUAAAAUGUU